AUAGACGAACUCAAUUUUCGAUUUGAUUCGGAGGCGAGAAAGCGAGAUAGGAAACGACGGAGAUGGCGAUGAACCCUCAGCUGUUCCCCAACGGGAUGCCCGUGCCCUUCGUCGGCGAGUUGUUCGUGCUCGCUAGGGAUGGCGUCGAGUUCGAGAUCGACAAAAUCCCCGGAGAAGAUCAUGUCAAAGCAAAGGGAAUUAUUUACUUGUCAAACAUAAGGAUGGUGUUUGUUGCAAAGAAACCUGUUGGAAACUUUGUGGCUUUUGAUAUGCCUCUGCUAUUUGUUCAUGGAGAAAAAUUCAACCAGCCAAUAUUUCACUGUAAUAACAUAUCAGGAUCCGUGGAACCUGUGGUACCAGAGGGCCAGCACAGUGCACUCUACUCAACUCACAAAUUCAAAAUCUUGUUCAAGGAAGGUGGAUGUGGAACUUUUGUUCCUCUUUUCUUAAAUCUCAUUGGAACCGUGAGGCAAUACAAUCAGCAUGCAGCUGCUUAUCGUGCUCAAGAAGCUGCAGCCCAUGUGGAUCCACUACAAGCUGCUCAGACUCCAGUGGAUGACAUGAUGAGGCGCGCGUAUGUUGAUCCGAAUGAUCCGACUAGGAUCUUUUUGCAGCAACCCACUCCUGAAUCUCAACUGAGGAGGAGAACAUAUCAUCCUAACUCUGCUGAAAACUCGUAUUAAGGUGCCAAACCACUGUCAUAAUAUCUCAAGAUGUCUGGUAGUUCUUGUAAGUGUGAUUCUCUUCGCGUAGAUGCUUUGACACACUGCAUUAAGUUUAUGGUUCCAUAUUUCUGUAAGUUUGAUAUCCAUAUACCGUCGUUAAUUUGGUGCCUUUUGUGUUGCUUUCAUCUGCUCAUAUGGUAUCAAAAACAUGCAUUAACAACUGUGUAAUUUUGUAAAAGGUGAAAUUCAUCACUUUGACGGUCUUGUCUCAAUACUAUUGAAAAAGAAUCAAUCAAGAAAUAGAAUUUAGUCAUUA